AUGGUGCAAAUUAUUCCACAAAGUGUGGACAAACUAUGGAACGAAUGGGACGUCCGGGUAAUGGUGCUAAGUAGUCUCUGCUUACAAAUAGUCCUAAUCCUCUUGGGAAGCCGGCGAAAGUUCAGUACUCAAAGCUGGGUGAGAAUUCUCACAUGGACGGCCUACUUAUCGGCAGAUUGGUUCGCUACUGUCGCGCUUGGAAUGAUCUCCACAUUCCAAGGAGAUGGUCUGCAGAACUCACUAACUCCAAACAGCGCUCAAGGAAGUUCCUCAAAUCCAAACAGCCCGGCGAUCAUGGCUUUUUGGGCUCCGUUUCUUCUGGUGCACCUUGGUGGCCCGGACACCAUCACUGCUUACUCGUUGGAGGACAACGAGCUGUGGCUAAGGCACCUCUUGGGUUUACUUGUUCAGGUUAGUGCCGCUUUAUACAUCUUUCUAAGAUCAUGGACAUCAAGCUCCUUACCCCUCUCACUGCUAGCAAUUCCAAUGUUUGUUGUCGGAAUCAUCAAAUAUGGAGAGAGGACUUGGGCCCUCUGGUCUGCUAGCAGUGAGAGACUUAGGGAAUCUCUGCCCCCUAUUACUGCAGCUCUGACUCCCUUUAAAAAUGAGAAUCAUGAGAGUAGUGGUCGUGUUAGACUAAACUAUGCUGCUGCUAUUCGUAAAGCCACACAUAUCCAAGAAGGUCAUGCAUUAUUCAAGUUGUUCAGGCAUUUUUACACAGAUCAGAUCAUUGAACAAAAGGAUGUUCAACUUUCCGAUACUAUGAUUCAGGACCAUUCAUUUGGAGAUGUCUUCAAGCUAAUUGAGAUUGAGAUUGGUUUUAUGUAUGAUGUGCUGUACACCAAGGCAAUCGUAGUGCAUUCUCUCACGGGGGUCAUGUUCCGAGCCAUCUCGCUAGUUUGCUACAUUUCCACAUUUACGGUCUUUUGUUUCAUCAUUGAUAAGAAGAUUUAUUUGACCAUUGAUGUAGAUUUGACUUACUUCUUGUGUGCUGGAGCAAUUGCACUUGAGAUCUAUGCCAUCUUUGUACAAGUUUCUACAGAUUGGACAUUGUACUGGUUAAGCAAGCAAGAGCGACCACUGGCGUAUACUAUCUACCAAGCAAUCUCUUCAUUUCGAUCAAAUCUGAGCCUUGAAAAGAGGUGGUCUGAAUCCAUGGGCCAAUUCAAUGUCAUAGAGUUUUGUUUCAAAUUGAAACCGCCAAAGUGUACUGGAAUUCCUAGGUUCCUGGCUAUCUACGAGAUGUAUUCUAAACAUCAGCACACAGUUUUGGAGGGCGUACCAAUCAAAAUGAAACAACUUAUCUUUGAGCACCUUCAAGAUGCUAAACUAGUUGUUGAUAAUGCAGAGCAGAAUUCCAAAUUUCAAGUACGUAGUCAAGUCUUGACUUGGAGAGGUGAACAUGCGGUAGAAAAGAGUGGAUGUACUGACAAAUAUGUCAAACAUUGCGCCGCGAAUGAAGUACCGUUUGAAACCAGCAUUGCUUUGUGGCAUGUAGCAACAGAUAUAUGCUUCUAUAAUGAUGUUGACAAAAAUCAAAAGGCCUCUGAUCCUAAUUCCAAAUCCAAGGUGAGCAAGUUGCUGUCAGAUUAUAUGAUGUAUAUUCUUGCCAUCUGCCCUUUCAUGUUGCCCCAAGGGAUUGGACAGAUUUUGUUUCGACAAAUAUGCGAGUCUGCCACAACAUUUUUUGAUGAGAGAAGGGAAACCAUAAGUAAGACAGAGCGAUUGGUUGGAAAAAGUGCCAGUCAGGUGUUGUACGAGAUGAAGUCAGAGUUGAAUCCAAGGCUAGAUGAGUUUGAGUCCGGAGAUGGAGGAAAACUAAACAAUGUAGUGUUGCUUGAAGGGUGUGUGCUUGCACAUAAGUUGCAGGCCCUGGAAACGGAGGAGAGCUGGACUAGUGAAGAUAAAUGGGGAAUGAUAAGUCGAGUGUGGAUAGAAAUGUUGUGUUAUGCAGCAAGCCAAUGUGGAUGGACGGAGCACGGUCAACAACUUAGGCGUGGCGGAGAGCUUCUUACUCAUGUCUCCCUUCUCAUGGCAAAUCUUGGUAUCGGUGAACAGAGUAAGAUAUUGAGUGAGCAGGACAUGGACCGGUUACAGGAUUUAAAAAACUUGUGUGAAAAGUUUUAG